GAUGAUGACUGCUUUCGAGGGAACAGACUGCCCUGUGGGAUGACUUGCCAAAAUGGAACUCCCUUGCACAUAAUCAGCAUCAAACCCUCCACUAUGUGGUUUGGAGAAAGGAUCAAGAAAACCAAUGUAAUAGUGAGGACUGGGGAGAGUACAUACAGAGCUUGUUUCUCUUUCCACUCUUCAUACAGCGAGAUUAAGGAUUUCCUGAGCUAUAUCCGUCCUGUGAAUGUGUAUCCCAAUGUACUGCCAGUGGGUGGGACAGAAGACAAAGUUAUGGAAAUAUUAAAGCCAUUAUGCAGGUCGUACAGGAGAAACAUGGAACCCAGGUACAGGCCCUUAGGAACACUGAAGAGAGUCCACAAGACAGACUCAUCUGAUACAGAUGAAGAUGAUCUCUUUGAUACAGAAUUAACUUCCGCAAGGCCUAAGAUUCCAAAACAGCAGAGAGAAGAGAGCAGGCCAUCCAGCACAGGACAAUCUGAAAAUGCCAAAGGAAACAUCAAUGAGAGCACAGAAAGUUACAAAGCAACCACAACUUACACCUCCCCCAAGAGAGACUUCAUGGACUGUGAGGAAUCAAAUGAUGAUGAUGAUGAUGAUGAUGAUGACGACGAAGAAGAAUCUGAAAAAAACGCAGUUCAAGUUCUUUCCCCUGAGCCAGAUGCCACUUCCACAUCAAAUUUCAAUGGAGUAACUAGCGACCAACAGGAGUCUAAUGCCGACGUCCCUUGCUGGGAUGCAUUUUUUAAGUGUAACAAACUAGAAGAAAGCUCUGGAAAUGAGGACACCUUCCCAUCUUCAGCAGAUGCUGGCGGGUCCCAGUCGCUCUUCAGUGAUUCGGAUGGAGUAAGCGACUCGACACACAUCUCCUCCCAGAAUUCUUCCCAGUCGACACACGUAUCGGAGCAGGGGAGCCAGGGCUGGGAUAGCCAGAUGGACACAGUACUCAUUUCCUCCCAAGAGAAAAACGCCUUGGACUUCAGCUGCUUCGGCAAAGGUGGGAGCAGAACAGUUGUUUCUGUAUUGCAGGAGACUGCCAGAGACAGUCAGCCUGACAACAGUCGGUGGAAGCCAGCGGGUCAGAACAGAUCUUGUGCCGCUGAUGCCUGUGACUUGAGAAGCAAAGACUGUGAGAAAGAUGCAGAAGCUGGCACUGCUCACGUUCAAGAGGUGCUGGUGGAAGUGAGUGACAACUCCAGGACUCCUGAUCUAGAACUGAGGAGGGACUCCCAGAGCUCCUCUGACUUUGAAAUUCCCUUGACUCCUGAUGCUGAAGCGCCUCGGCCAGAUAAACUGCACUCUUUAUAUAAGAAGCUAGCAGCAGGUGAAAGCAUACUCAUGAGAAAAAAGUCUCCUGAAGACAGGUAUUACUUGACAUAA